GAAGCACAUUGCACCAGCUAUGCAGAAGGUGGAGAGUCAAUGUCCGCCGCAGGCUCUUUCCUUUGCGAUUGUGUGUCCACAAUGGAUUGAAAACAGUAACGCCGAAGACACGGAGUCUUUACUUCAACAGAUCGUGUGCUACAUCAACCCGAGCCAACACACCAAGGAGCCUGAGAACGGCAUGGUGAGUAGCACCCAGUGGGUGCUUCCCUGGAUGAGGAAAACUCACGCAGAAGCGGAUGGGUCAGACGUCCGCCAAUGGAACACGUUCAGCGACAGCGUGUCGGAUCAUGAGAUAGUGAAACAAAUCGGUCUAUUGCAGGCAAUUACCGACUUGUCUGCUAAAUUCAACGGCGAGAGCAGUGAUACCCAAAUAUCUUACAUUGACACUGAUGAAACACGUACUGUUGUUGGGUGGUUGCGUGCGGGAGACGGAAGCGGAGGUCCAGACUCUUUUGCCGGGUUCUGGUUUUUCUGCGAGUUCCAGUUCACAAAGGUGACGCUAGCUAACGGCGAGACACGUUUCAUCCAGCGGGGGUUGGCGGCACCGGAGUACUUGAGGCAGCAGAUCUUCAAGGGCUAUGAGCUUUGGUGCUUAAACCACGGAGCUCUCGAGUACUGCAACACGCAGAUGGACAAGCUGGACUUGCGACUGCAGGUCACCCAGUGGUGGCAACAGUGGUUCUCGAGUAGGUUUGAGUUCCCCUCGUCGUACGACGCUACCGAUGAUGCGUUGUUCAGUUUUCUUCCUGGCAUCAGAUACUCGUGUGUCGAUAAACCUCUCGGGUUCUCAGAAAAUAUAAGCAAGGAAUUGGAAUCGUUAACAAGUAAGGAGAGUGGUUUGAAAGACAUUAUGGUCUUGAACACCAACUGGACUCCAGAGAAAAACUGGGGUGUCAUCCACGUCAAUUAUGAUUCGAUAUAUUCACAGUGGAGUUUUCAAAGCAUUGUUUCCUUCUUCAAAGACAUCGACUUAACUUUUGGUCUGAGCACUUAUGCAUUGACCAAUGGAAACAGACCGUCUUUGAAAAAGUACGUAGAUAGCUUGAAGAGGAUGAAUUCUAUCAAGCCCGAUGGAGGGUUACUGGAAAGGUCAUCAAUGGAGCCAGCCUUGUAUUUGCAGGAAAAAUUUGCCAAUGCUGUAUUCAACCCCUUCGGCAACGUUAUUGAUGCGUUUGAGUCAUAUAUUCUGUCCAUGCCAGAUAUAACUAACUUAUCCGAAUACGUUCCAUCUGUUGUGCCUUCGAUUUCAGAGAGCGUCAAAAAUGCUACUCUACAUCCGUGGAAUUCUCUAACCUCUUAUUGGGGUGCCGCUCCAGAAGAAGAACCAUUACAACCAGCCCAAAACGAACAAGAAGAAGCUGAAACACCAUCUUCUAUUCACUCCCUGCCUCAGCUACAAUCGAAUGACCAAGAUUCCUUGCAUGGCCAUACCGCUGGUGAAACAGGCAGCAAUACGAGGAGCAUGUCGCAGAAAACAACACAGUCAAGUAUAUACGAAAGCAUGGAGGUGGCGCAGAAAUCUGGUAGCUAUUUAUUAGGCUGCACAAAACAAGGAUCAAUAGUCCUACAUAAUUUCCACCUUUACAAUGAACAAAGACGAGGAUGGGAGAAGGUGAAGUUGAUAAUUUACGAGAUAAAUGGAAUCUUAUUUGUGAUGUUCUACGAAUCGGACUACGAGCCGCUAAAGCACUCCCCGGAAUUGUAUACUAGCUUAUCGAAGAAAUUAGACUCAAUUUACCAAUUAUAUUUCACUGACCUCAUUUUCAAUCAACUCAAAUCGCUCGAAGAUGACAUGAAAAGUAAAAGCAAAGACGAUUUUGCGUUCAUCAUCUACGAUCAAGACAAAUACUGGACCAACAUAUCCAACAUUCCUCCUGAUCACGACACCUUAAUGCACCAAAUUCCCGAAAGAGUUCAUUUGUUAGAGCAGAAUAUAAACGGAACAGAUCUUGAGUUCCUAAGGACUCUUGCGUUGAUGCAGGACAGACAGCUUCAGGGAGUAAUUGCAAGCAACAUAACGCCGUCUCCGGGAUGGGUCGUGCAGGAGAAAGUCACAAAGUUGGGCAAAACUCGUUGGUGUCUUUUCCACCGCUACACAGAAAGUAAAUGGGUCCUAGUUGUCAAGCAAAUCGCUAGUGUGGAUGGCACUGAGGGACUUGUUUGGGGAGAGGAUGUGAAGAAGUGGAUGGCAUGGGUAGAAGCUGAGGGGUAUGUUUAGUCGAUCCACUGCUAAAACUAUAUAGUCGUUUAAUUUAGUGUAUAAAAAUUGGGUAAUAAUUUGGGGAAUUAAUGGAGUGUAG